CAAAACCUAAACAACGAUAUGCUCUUCUUCUUUUUACUUUAUAAACCCAGAAAAUAAAUCUAAGACUGAAAAAUAUCGAAAUGAAGAAUCUAAACUCGCGAAUUUCAAGGAGCUGCCACUGGAUAUCUCUGAUUCUUUUCAUCCAGUCUUGCGCAAGUCAUGUCUUCGCAAUAGCCUACUGCCCAUCUGGUUGCUUAUGUUCCCUCGUACAUGAUGUGAAUUUGGAUGUGAAGUGUGAAAAUAUUGGAUUAACGAACAUUUCGUACAACAUUCCAAGAAACGCCUCUUAUCUAGCUCUUAAGAAAAAUUCAAUUGAAAGAAUCUGUAAUAAUUCAUGGCAAGGAUUCGACAGAUUAUUAUUCUUGGAUUUCUCAGAGAACCUCAUCUCUUCAAUAAACAAGACAACCUUUUCUAAUCUGUCAUCAACUCUACGAUACCUGUAUAUAGAUAACAACAAGAUAUACUCCAUAGCUGCAGGUGCCUUCCAUACAUUGACCAAAUUAAUAGCACUGACACUUAACUUUAACAGACUCAAAGAAAUAAAGCAAGGAAUGUUUGAUAGAUUACCCGUCCUCAAUCACUUAAGUCUCUCAAACAACCAGCUCGGACUACGAGCAGUGAAAAACGUUACCAAGCACGACUUGCGAUAUUUGAGGAAACUCUAUCUUCACAUAAACGUAAUAGAAAUGAUCACUGAAGACCUCUUCUUUGGCAUGGAACGCCUUGACGACCUUGAUCUAGGCUUCAACAAAAUUUCCCACAUUGAUGAAAAUGGAUUCCGAGGUCUUGGCAGAGUGGCGUGGUUACGUUUACGAGACAAUCCCUUCAAAAAACUUGUGUUUACUGGAAUGACAUCCUUGAUAUACAUAGACGCUUCACAAACCCCUUAUCUAACAAUCGAUGCAAGUACAUUUAUAAACACCUCGCAGCUGACUGAAAUCAACUUCAUACAGUCUGGUUUCACUGAUAUACCUAACAACACCUUCUUGCCACUGGGAAAUGUAAGAUAUGUCCAUCUCAGUGGGAUAAAAAUGUCCGAAUUCAAGCCAGGCACAUUCCGGGGCUUAAAGAAGUGCAUGAAAUUAGACAUAAGACACAUGUAUCUUACGAGAAUCACCAACGAGACAUUUUCCUACCUAGAAGAACGUCUAAUAGUCCUGUACGCAUUUUCCUUUUAGUUUUCUAUACUAAUACCUCGUUCCCCCAAAUUCACGAGGCAGAAAGCCAACCACAGGCGCCAGUUUUGGCCACGUGACGAAGGCUUAAAAACCCCGGAAUACUGGAAAUUCGUUCCAGUAUUGUUGGCAGCUUUAUUUUCAGGUUACGCGGAAAGUACAACUGACAAUAUUGAAAUUGGCCUAGAAACACAAUUUUGUUAUCAUUGUUUUCUAGAUCUGUUUUCAUUUUCGUGUCGUUUUGCGUAGAAAGUGGUUUUUGCUCUAUUAUCUUCAAAAAACUUUA